UCCCCGGAGAUGGCAUCCUUCCUCGACUACUUCAAUUCCUCGAGCUCGAGCUCUUCCAGGUUCUGUUUGAGAUGGAGUCCGCAGCAGCACAUGGCAUUAACGGCCUCUGCCUCAAGGUCGACGACCCCUUGAACUGGGGAAAGGCGGCGGCGUCGCUCGCCGGGAGCCAUCUCGAGGAGGUGAAGCGCAUGGUGGAGGAGUUCAGGCGGCCGGUGGUGAGGCUGGAAGGCGCGACCUUGACGGUAGCUCAAGUGGCGGGCGUGGCCAAGGCAGCGGCGGUUUCGGUGGAGCUGUCGGAGGCCGCGAGGGACGGCGUCCGGGCCAGCAGCCAGUGGGUGAUGGAAAGCAUGGAUAAGGGCACCGACAGCUACGGCGUCACCACCGGCUUCGGCGCCACCUCUCACCGGAGAACUAAGCAAGGAGGCGCCUUGCAGAAUGAGCUCAUCAGAUUCUUGAAUGCCGGAAUAUUCGGUUACGGCGAGGAGUCAGGGCACACCUUGCCGUCCCCGGCGGUGAGGGCGGCGAUGCUAGUGCGGAUCAACACGCUCCUCCAGGGCUACUCAGGCAUCCGGUUUGAGAUCCUGGAAGCCAUCACCAGCCUCCUCAAUGGGCGCAUCACCCCCUGUUUGCCGCUUCGCGGCACCAUCACCGCCUCCGGCGACCUCGUCCCCCUGUCCUACAUCGCGGGGAUCCUGACGGGGCGACCGAACGCGAAGGCCGUCCGCCCGGACGGCGAGGUUGUCGGCGCCGCCGAGGCCUUCAUGCUCGCCGGCAUUGAGGGCGGGUUCUUCGAGCUGCAGCCUAAGGAGGGGCUCGCGCUGGUGAACGGCACCGCCGUGGGGUCGGGCUUGGCGUCGAUGGUCCUGUUCGAGGCCAACGUGCUCGCUCUUCUCGCGGAGGUGACGUCGGCUGUCUUCUGCGAGGUGAUGCAAGGGAAACCGGAAUUCACCGACCACCUCACCCACAAGCUGAAGCACCACCCUGGCCAGAUCGAGGCCGCCGCCGUGAUGGAGCACAUCCUCGACGGCAGCGCCUACGUGAAAAUGGCCAAGAGCCUCCACGAGCAAGACCCAUUGCAGAAGCCGAAGCAGGAUAGGUACGCUCUGCGCACCUCGCCGCAGUGGCUCGGCCCCCAAAUCGAGGUCAUCCGAGCGGCCACCAAAUCGAUCGAGAGGGAGAUCAAUUCGGUGAACGACAAUCCCCUCAUUGAUGUAUCUCGGAACAAAGCGCUCCACGGCGGUAACUUCCAGGGAACGCCCAUCGGCGUCUCCAUGGACAACUCUCGCCUCGCAUUGGCGGCGAUCGGAAAGCUAAUGUUCGCGCAGUUCUCCGAGCUAGUCAAUGAUUUUUACAACAACGGGCUUCCGUCGAACCUCUCCGGCGGGCGGAACCCUAGUUUGGACUACGGGUUCAAGGGGGCGGAGAUCGCGAUGGCGGCGUACUGCUCGGAGCUCCAGUUCCUGGGCAACCCCGUGACGAACCACGUGCAGAGCGCGGAGCAGCACAACCAAGACGUGAACUCGCUGGGCCUCAUCUCGGCACGGAAGACGGCGGAGGCGGUGGAGAUUCUGAAGCUCAUGUCGGCGACGUACCUGGUGGCGCUCUGCCAGGCGAUCGACCUGCGGCACCUGGAGGAGAACCUGAGGAGCGCGGCGAAGGGAGCAGUAAUCCAGGCGGCGAAGCGGACGCUGACGGUGGGCCCGGGGGGCGAGCUCCACCCGGCGCGGUUCUGCGAAAAGGACCUCAUCAAAGCGGUGGAGCGGGAGCAGGUGUUUGCCUACGCCGACGACCCCUGCAGCGCGGCGUACCCGCUGAUGGGGAAGCUGCGGCAGGUGCUGGUGGAGCACGCGCUGAAGGAGGAGGAGAAGGGGGCGAAGGAGGAAGAUGGCGGGAGCGUUAUCUUCAAGAAGAUCUCGGCGUUCGAGGAGGAGCUGAGGCAGCAUCUGCCGAGGGAGAUGGAGGCCGCAAGGGCGGCGGUGGAGGGCGGAAGGGCGGCGAUCCCCAACAGGAUCUCGCAGUGCCGAUCGUAUCCGCUGUACCGGCUGGUGCGGGAGGAGCUCGGGACGGAGUUCUUGACGGGGGAGAAGGUGCGGUCGCCGGGGGAGGAAUGCGGGAAGGUGUUCGACGCCAUUUGCGAGGGGAAGGUGAUCGAUCCAUUGCUCCAGUGCUUGAAGGAGUGGGAUGGCGCGCCGCUUCCCAUCUGCUAAAAAUUACCGUAUUAAUCAUAAAUAAACAGAGCGUUUGAAUUUAAAUAAUAAAUAUGAAAUGUAUUUGGGUUUAAUAAGUGAGAUUUAUUAUAAUUUUUGGAAUUA